CGGAGGACAAGGUGACUUGUUCCUUGAGAAGGCAGGGAAUAAACAUUUGUAUGUGCCAGAUAGAGAGUCUUUGUGUAGUUUGUUUCUAGGAGAGUGUUAUGAUGCCACCGGACAUUUUGGUUAUAAAAAGACAGCAGCCAAUCUGCUGCAGAGGUUCUGGUGGCCCACGAUGAUGAAAGACGUGAAGCUGUAUAUGGAGACUUGUCAGGUCUGUCAGAGGGACAAGCCACGUACACAGGCUCCUCUUCGGCUUCUAAAGCCCCAUCCGAUUUCGAAAAGGCCUGGUGAGAGUUUGUCCAUGGACUUCAUGGCUACGAUGGUCACCAGCAAGAGUGGAAUGCGCUACGUCUAUGUCAUUGUGGGUAGAUUUAGCAAGUACACUAGGUUAGUCGCAAUGCCGACAACAGCUAAAACGGAGUAUGUGAUAAAACUGUUCAAAGGGAACUGGGUCAGAGAUUUUGGACUGCCAAAGUUUAUAGCCAGUGACCGUGAUGUGCAAUUUACUAGUGAACUGUGGAAGGCCGCAGUUGCAGAACAGGGAACACAGCUGCAGAUGACAUUAGGGAGCCAUCUAGAGGCGAAUGGGAGAGCAGAGCAGUUGAACCACGCUGUACAACACCUGCUGAGGCAUUACAUCAAGCCUAAUCAGGUAGACUGGGAUGACAAACUUGCUCUCAUCGCCAGCCUGUACAGUAACGUUGUGCACAUCGCAACGGGAGUGAGCCCGAACAGCCUGCUACUGACAUUCAAGCCUAGACUACCCUUGGAUUUCCUACUACCUGAGAACCAGACAUCUGCUGGACCAGGAACUUUAGAGUUCGCUUAUCGAUAGUGUCUGAUGCAGCAGGCUGUUGAACAUAUGCACAAGGCACAGGCGGCGAUGAUAGAGUAAGAGAACAAACACCACCGCCCAUCUACAUUUCAGGYAGGGGAGAGAGUCUGGGUCAAGUCCUCAGAACUGGGACAGGAGCACGGGAUCUCCCGCAAGCUCAUGCCACAGUACUUUGGACCAUGGGAGGUCCUAGAUGUUGUUGGGGAUGAACCAGAUGGGCCGUCAUAUGUUAUUCACAUCCCUGGUCACUUACGUACUUACCCUCUUCCAAACUUGCACCUUUCAGCAAAACAGAUCAGUUCCCCUCUCGUCGCUCAAUGCUGCCCCCAACCAUGAAUGGAGAGGUCGACAUCGACGACAUCGUUGAUCACAGAUAAAUGCCAGUUUCAAGA